UUAAGGCAUAACGUGUCUAGGGGAAUGGAUAAGCCAAGAACAGCACUGAUUAUAGAUGAUGAUGAUGAACUGUAUACAGGAUUCAAUGAUGUAUCACCAGCGUUGGAUACGAGAGGCAUUCAGGAGGAUACUGCUUUGCAACAGACUUUACGGACGGCUGGAAUAGGCCGACAAGUGCCUAGUAGGAUGGGGACUGGGAUGUUCCGUAUGGGCACGGUAAGCGUUCGCGGUUCACGCGCGGGCACCGCCGCGACACGCCCCGUCACCGCGCACAGAGCGGCCGGUUACACGUCCACUACGAGAGACAAUAGCGCCAAGGAAGAGAAGAGAGAGGAUACAAUUGAGGAUAAGAUAAAACAAAUGGAAGCGAAAAUUAUGGUCCUCGUUGAGGAAUCUUGCAUGCUUAGCGCUCGAAUAUCUGACGACGAAUCUAAUAGUAGUAAAAGGGAACAAGAUCUCACACAGGCUUUAGCUAAGGCCCAGGAAGCGUCCACUCUAGAACGGCAAUUAAUAAAGAUGCAAGAACAAGCCAAUUUAGGAGACUCGCACAAUUUAGAUCUUACUUUUUGCGUUCUUUGCAAUUUAGCGGACCAAUAUGCUCUCAACGAAAUGUAUACCGAAGCUUUAAAUACCUACCAAUUGCUCACAAGGAAUAAAUUAUUCCCCCAUGCCAAUAGACUGAAGGUGAAUAUGGGUAAUAUAUAUUUCAAAAUGGGUGAGCAUCCAAAAGCACUUAAGUUAUACAGAAUGGCAUUGGAUCAAACUUCUACUGCAGAAAAAGAUUUAAGAAUGAAAGUGAUGCACAACAUAGGACUUCUCUUGGUGAGAAUGGGAAAGUUCCGUGACGCUGUCACAAAUUUUCAACAUAUUAUGCACGAGCAGGGUGAUUUUCAGACAGGUCUGCAUUUGGUCCUAUGUUCUGUCGCAUUAGAUGAUGCAGAAGGUGGAAAAGCAGCUUUUCACUCCAUGCUGGAUGUUGAACUUCCCAACUAUCACCUCGAUAUAGCAAUAGAUGAUGAGAACGACGCAUACGAGUGCGUAGUCCGCGACGUGGUGCGCGGCGACCGGCUGUCGCGGUGGUCGCGCGCGGCCGCUGCGCACGCGGACCGCUGCCUCGCGCUGGCUGCCGCUGCGGUGGCACGGCCGGCUGCUCGCCACCAGCGGGAUGACGAGUUGGGUAGUGCGUCCUGGUGCGUGGAAGCCCUUCGAGGAUACUCGGGAGGCGGAGCUGGCGCGAGAUUAGAACUAGGCAGCGCUCUAGCAUCACUGCGCAGCGCUACCACAGCUGGGGGAGGCGGUAUGGCCACUGGACUGAAAGCGCUGCAGCGGCUGAAAGCGGUGGCAAGGGCGCAUCCGAAUGAUCGUAUUCUACGGGCAGAAGCGAACACUGAUGCAGCUUUUGUUGCUUAUGCGCUGGGUAAAGUGUCAGAAGCAAAAUCAUUAAGCGAAGCAGCGUGUAGAGAUGACCCUUACUCGUGUCCAGCGCGAGUCACCUCUGCGCUUUCGGAACUUGCUUUAUCCGGAAACGGAAUUAGUGACGGCAUCGCUGAUAUCCUUAACCAGUUGUCAGCGGCCACACAUCUCGAUCCCGCUGACCUUAUAGCUAUGCAUGAUAUGGCGCUAGCACUCGAGCUGUCAGGGGAGGAGAGCGGAGCAGAAGCGCGGUGGCAGCGCGUGCGGGCGGCGGGCGGCGCGGGGCCCACGCUGCGGGCGCUGGCUGCCGCCGGGCUGGCCCGCAUCGCUAGACGGGACACUACGGCUAGUAGUGCGGCUGAACACUGGUAUAGUAUGAUAAGCAACUGGGACGCGGGCGUCUCAUGUGCACUCGCAAACCUGCACAGCGAGCUCGGUGACACGCAAACUGCUAAACAUCAUUAUCAAGACGUAGAAGCAGUGUGGCCGUGUGAAUUGACAGCCUUGCAAUGGCUGGCUGGCGAGUCGACACCGGAAGAGGCGUUGCAAUACUACCGACGGGCUGCACGCUUGCAACCCAAUAAUCCGCAAUGGGGUCUGCUUAUCGGCGGCUGUUUGCGCGCCAGUGGCCGGUAUCAAGAAGCUCUUCGAGUCUACAAGAAACUCAACGCAAGAUUUCCAGAUGAUAUUCAAUGUUUGAAGCACAUAGUAAAACUAUGCGGUGACCAGGGCUUGUCUGAGACCAGUGUUUGGAAUCGUGAGUUGCAGAGAGCGGUGGCUAGAGCGAAACAAAAGGAACGGGCUAACAUAACAUCAGCGAGUAGCUUCUCAUCUGGUGCAAGCCAAUCUCCAAUAGAAUCGAUGCGAGCGGCUUCACGAGGCGAAAGCGCAGCGACAGGAACGCGGCGGCCAAGCGAGAGUCGGCUAAACACUGGAAACAGUAACACGAGCAUCGUGAACGAGUCAAUGCAGCCACUAUCUCGCUCUGUGAAACGACAAGAUAGUAAGAAGAAAAGUGAUAUGUUUGAAGACGAUCUACCUCUACCCCCAGAAUAAGAAAAAGGAAACAUUACUACUACUAUUGUACUAUCUCGAAAUAUUUUUCAAAAUCGAUUUGUACAUUUUGUAAUUUUUCACGUGAAAUAAACGUUAAUGUAUGUUAA